CCUCUCUCUCUUUCUCGCUCUCUCUCUCUCUCUCUCUCUGAGCAAACUGUCGCUCACGCUGUCCCAGACUCUGCAGCAACCUCCCUUUCUCCUUCUCUUUCUCCCUCAAACGGGUGGGUGCUCAAGAAAAAGAGAAGGGGAAAAGGAAGAGCAAGAAGAAGAAGAAAUGGGAGCUCCGAAAGCCUUCUUCCAUCACUGGCUUCCCCUCUUCUUUUUGCUUCUUCAUGCCGUCAAUGGCUUCUCUUCCUCUUCCCACUCUCUCGGCCCCGACCUUAGAGCCCUCGUCUCUUUCAAGGCCACUGCUGACCCGUCCAGCAAGGGACUCCCUUCCUGGAACCUGGAGAACCACCCCUGCAACUGGACGGGCGUCACCUGCAAUGCCCGGGGUGACCGCGUCUUCCGCCUCGUUCUCGAGGAGAUGAACCUCACCGGCAGCAUUCUUCCCCUGGCCUCCCUCUCCGGCCUCCGUGUCCUCAGCCUCAAGGGCAACGCUCUCGCCGGCCCCAUCCCCGACCUCUCCAACCUCACCUCUCUCAAGCUCCUCUUCCUCUCCCACAACCGCUUCUCCGGCCCCCUUCCCUCGUCCCUCUCUCUCCUCACCCGCCUUUUCCGUCUCGACCUCUCGUUUAACAGACUCUCCGGAAACGUCCCGCCGUCCCUCAAUGCCCUCUCCCACCUCCUCACCCUCCGCCUCGAGGGCAACCUUUUGUCCGGCACCAUCUCCUCCCUCAACAUUACCACCCUACGCGACCUCAACGUCUCCGGCAACCACCUCGCUGGUCCCAUCCCGCAGUCCCUCUCCGGCUUCCCGGCCUCCGCUUUCGCCCUAAACUCCGCCCUCUGCGGCGCACCGCUCCCUCGCUGCAAGGCCAUCGUCAGCGACCCGCUCUCUCCCUCAGCAGCUGGCCAGAUCCCGGCCAUCGUCUCGUCCAUGCCGAGCACCAAGCCUGCCGGCGCAGGUUCCGGGGCCGAGGCCGGGGCCACAUCCGGUGAGGCGACGCCGCCGAAGCGAAGUGGGCGUAUGAGCAGAGCGGCAUUGGCGGCGAUCGUAGCGGCGGACCUGGUGGUGCUGCUGGCCGUCGCUGGCGGAGUUGUGUGCUUCAUGUGGCGGAGUUACGCCGGGCGGCGGGCAGGCAGGAGGGUACGUGAAGGGGAGAAGAUCGUGUACUCAUCGUCGAGCCCGUGUGGCCGGCCGGGUCCGGCUGGCGCCGGCGGUGGGUUCGAUAGAGGGAGGAUGGUGUUCCUGGAAGGAGAGAGGCGUUUCGAGCUGGAGGACCUGCUGAGGGCCUCGGCGGAGAUGCUGGGGAAGGGUGGUCUGGGCACGUCGUACAAGGCGGUGCUGGACGACGGCAGGGCGGUGGCGGUGAAGCGGCUCCGGGAGGUGCAGGUUGGGUCGAGGCGGGAGUUCGAGGAGCGGAUGGAGGCCAUCGGGCGCAUCCACCACCCCAACCUUGUGGGACUCACUGCCUACUACUACGCUCGCGACGAGAAGUUGCUCGUUUCCGACUACCUCCCCAACGGUUCCCUCUUCUCCCUUCUGCACGGAAACCGCGGGCCUGGUCGGACGCCACUGGACUGGACGAGCCGGAUGAAGAUCGCUAUCGGCGCCGCCCGCGGCCUAGCCUACCUCCACCACACCUGCCGCUCCCCCCGCAUCUACCACGGCAACGUGAAGUCCACCAACGUCCUCCUCGACCGCUCCGGCAACGCCUGCGUCGUGGACUUCGGCCUUGCCAGCCUCGCCUCGCCAGCGGUCGCGGCUCGACCGACCGGAUACCGCGCACCGGAGGUAUCCGACGGCCGAAAGGCCUCCCACAAGGCGGACGUGUACAGCUUCGGCGUGCUUCUACUCGAGCUCCUCACCGGGAAGUCGCCGGCCGCCCCGCCGGAGGAAGGCGGCGUCGACCUGCCGCGGUGGGUCCAGUCGGUCGUCCGGGAAGAGUGGACGUCGGAAGUGUUCGACCUCGAGCUCAUGCGCUACAAGAACAUCGAGGAGGAGAUGGUGGGGAUGCUGCAGAUCGCCUUGUCAUGUACGUCGAUCUCCCCAGAUCAACGGCCCAAAAUGGCCCACGUCGUCCGAAUGAUAGAGGAGAUAAGAGGAGGAGAGCAGUCGCCGUCGCACGAAUCCUUCGACUCCGUCUCGUACUCGCCCUCCGUAUCGGAAGAUAACACGAGUCAGGAGUGAUCAAUCGGGCCGGCUCGACUCGGCACGUCCCUUGUUUCUUGUUUUCCUCCGUUUUGGUAGUGAAGAGAUAAUGCUGUAUGAUACUGCAGAUUAUGGGUUGGUUUCUUGUGGAAUUUGUGGUCAUGGUUUUUUUUUUUUCUUGGGUUUUUAGGUUUUUAUUUUUAUUGUGUAAAUCUCUUUCGUUCCAUGAUUUAGAAGUGAAAAUGUAUGAUGAUCAUUCCCGAAGUUUGUCAAUUAACAUGAUAGCAAUGAAAGCAUUAAGGCAUUUAUCAUUUUCUAUUUUA